AUGUUUAAUGACUGGAAUGGGAAAACCAAUAAUAAGUUUCACGGAUCAUAUAUUCAAUGUUUCUUGGCAAAGUUUCGCUGGCUGCAGCUGAUACAGCCAAUUGUAGAGAGUGACAUAUACAAGGAACAUGAAUUAAAUGUGGAAGUGGACAAACUGUAUUUAUUUUAUAAAUCUAAAACGUCGCUGAGUUUUUGUUUACGAGAGCGUUGGAGACUUGGAGAUUUACUGGAAGUCUGGAACGCGUUAGUGAAUGCCGAGUGCCGACGGAAAUUUCAAUUACCGGAUUUUCAAACCGCAGGUGAAAACGUUGAUGUUGAAUACCGUUUUAAGAAGGACUUCAAUAUGCCGAAAGAUAAACAAAAAAAACCAAAAGAAUAUGAAGUAGAGAAAAUAAUAUUCCACCAAUCAACAAGAAAUUCAAUUGUAUAUCUCGUUAAAUGGAAAAAUUUUCCAAUGACAGAAUGUACGUGGGAACCGAAGAAGAAUUUGAAAAACUGCAAGGUGAUGAUAGAAGAAUAUGAAACAGAAUGCAAGAAGAAAAAAAUUGCAUCUUAAUCAUGAUUGUGAUUUUUUUAUUUAGUUAUUUCCAAUUGUAUUAUUUGACUUUCAAAUAAAUAUU